CAACCGUUUGUCUAUCGCCCAUCGUCAUUUCAUGUGUGACAGGUGGCUGCACUGGCACGCUAUGGAAGAUGGCCGCGGUCUAUGGCAAAGCGAAAGUUGUGUUUCUUUUUCGGUGUUAAAAAAGUGGUUGUGAAACGAUUGAGAAACUGUAUUGCACUAUAAAACAAUUGUUUAUGAGAGAACGUGUGUGAAAUUGGAAUUCAGUGCGGACCUUUAUUGACAAAUCGUUUAUUUAUAAAUAACUAGUAAUGUACAAAUUGUGUUUAUAACCUGUGUAUAUUUAUUACUCGUAUUAUUAUUGUCAAUAAAUGAGGAGACUAAAAAUAGAAAAAAGUAUUUUAUUGAUAAAUUACGAAUGUGUAAAUUAUAAAUAUCUGACAUGCGUUAAAAACAACCUGUUAGAAAAAGUCCACUGAACUUACUGUUUACAUUCGAACUACAAAACUUCAAACAUAAAUUAAUAUAUUUUUGCAGUUGUAAAAAGGCAAAACAUUAAAGGAAUGUGAAUUAACACUAUGUUUGACGGCAGCAGAUAUGUGAAUAAAAAUAUAUUCCUCAAAAUGCAUAUGGAUACAACGCAAAACAGUAUUUAACCUUCAAUUAAUUAAUAAAAUCGUACCUAAUACUGUUGAUAUUGUAAGCUCAAACUUGAAGGUCAUCAAAUAAAAUGUGUACAAGACUCUCAGUUUUUCGUUUAUUACUAAUUUUAUGAACUAGUUUUUGAGGUUAUGUUUAUAUACCGAGUGUUGUGAACAUAGUGUUAGAGUGCAAUGUAAUGAGGGACUGAUAGAUCGACACGCUGGAUCGAGCCAACUCUGGUCCAGGGGGUUGCCUCGACGGCGGAGGGACCGUUCCCCCCGUCGUCCCCCAGCCCCCGGGACUGCCGACUCUUCAUCCCGAGGUUACCCCAAAACAGGCUGUAGUAGAGAGACUUCGCCGGAGGAUUGAGUCGUAUCGGAGAAGACAAAACGACUCUAUGCCGCGCUUCGAUCAGUCCUUCACAGGUCUGUGCGAACAGAACCUACAGGACACCCUGCAGCUGAAACAGCGCUACUUGGACGCCAAGGCCAAGCGGGUGCCCAAGAGCAAAGAUAAGAAGCAGCAGGACUCCAUUCAGAGCAGCGUGCACGUGCAGCAGAAGUUCCUGAAGCGGUCCGCGGAGGAACACGACCCCGGGGGGCCCAACGACAGUUUCGAGCCACCGGUGAAACUUCAGUGCACCACCCAGCAGCAUGGCUCCCAUCAGAAUGAAGGCUUGACGAAAUUCUCCGUAGAAAUAGUCCAGCAGCUGGAGUUUACGACGUCGGCAGCUAGCUCGCAACCCCAGCAGAUAUCCACAAAUGUCACCGUCAAGACGCACGCCAAUGCUUCCGUUAAAAGUGACGUUUCGUCCCCAAAAUCGAAUCCCUCAACUCCCGCGUCGAAUAUGCAUCAAAAGUCGAACAUUGGCCUAGACGUUGGCACUUUAGUGGAGUGUGUUAAACAAGAACCUGAUAAUGAUUUCGCGGACUUGGACCAGUGCGCCGCGGCUUUGGAAAAGGACGCGGCGGCGAACGGUGGUGCCGGUUUCGGUGGUUUUUCGGAUCUCAUUGGUGACGACACCAACGAUGAAAUCAUAUCAUCAGCAGCUUUUAAAGAUCUGAUCUCAGAUAUUAGUAACUAUCCGGAUUAUCCAGAACUCAUGAAAGACUUUGACUUCGAAGAUAAGCCCGAAACUAACACGAACAGUAUGAAAGUAGAGGAUAACAAAGAUUUAGUUCAGAACGUGAACACUCCGGAGAACGCGAAAAAUACGCACAGUCCUUUGCUACAUAAUCAAAAUAACUAUUCACCCCCUGUGUUCGAUAACCAAGGUAUCAACAAAAACAGGAUACCUUCCUAUUCGAAUAUGGACUUCAGUAAGACUGAACUAAGUCCAGCCGCUCAAACCUUAAAACAAAUGGCUGAACAACACCAACACAAGAAUCAAAUGGGACUCUCGUUCAAUCCCAACAACCGUGUUCCUAACUCCAGAUCGCCGUACCCCGACUUCCAAUUCCAAGGCGACUACGGUAGUCCCAAUUCCAACUCCAACUUCCACAAGAACAGUCCUACCUUCCCACAGCCUGAUAUGAUUAAACAAGAGAUGAUCUUCCAAAGCAACGAAUUUGACAUGAAACGAAAGAGUGCGGGAAUGUACAAGCAACAGUAUUCGCCCUACAGUAGCCCCAGCGCGAGCAGCCACGGCAGCCCAGGGUACUUGCCUCGUGGUGGGACUGGGCCUAACACCAAUGCUGGUCCAUUUGGUGGUGGCACGCCGCCUAGGCCGCCAUCAGGACCUGGCGGGAAUAACUCUGGAACUAACGUACAAAUUAAUCAAGCUCAACAAUUGAAUAUCAGCCAACAGAGCCAUGGGCAUGCUAUUCAGGUGUCGGCUGGUCAACAUUUGCAUCUCAGUGGUGACCUUAAAGGAAAUGUCUCUAUUGCAGCCCAGCAAGGCAUGCAUUUCAGCCAACACAAUUCUCAAAAUGGCACAUCACAGACUCAAACUUCACAAAACAAUAACCAGCAUUCUCAGCACAGUCCCCUGUCAAAUUCUCAGCAUCAAAACUCGCCCAUGCAAAAUAAUAUGAAUGCACAACAUGGACAAAACACAAUGAACCACCAAGCAGGUCCGCAGGUAGGAAACGCGAUGGUGUCCGGAGGUCACACCAUGCCAGGUUCUCAGCUUAGCAGCCAGCAAAGUCCUUUGGGGUCAAAUAUACCUGGGGGAAUUCCGGGCUCAGCAGGUAUGCCUGGUUCUGGUAGUUUAGGGGGAGCAAACAAUAUGGGAAUACCCAAUUCCGGUAUGGGUCAGAAUAAUUUAGGAGGACCUAAUGGCGCCAUGGGAGGACCUGGGAGUAACAUUGGUGGACCUGGAGGUAUGCCAGGUAAUCUGGGAGGUAUGCAACAUCCAGGCAUGCAUGUUGGAGGGUUAACACCAAACCAUGGAGAUUCUUACUCAAUGUCACAAACCCAAACCAUCAACUUUACACAGCAAUCCCUUCGAAGAGCUGGAGGAGCUGGUGGAGUACCAAAUCCAAUGGGACCAACUGUCCCCAUGGGACCAGGCUCUAUGGGUGGCCAAGCAAAUAUGGGACCACGUUUGAUAAAUGCCCAAACUAUUGAGCAGCAGAAACUACUUCAUCAACAAAUGCUUCGGGUACAGCAACAAGCCGCAAUGCAGCAACAUAUGGUCAGACCACCACCUCCUGACUAUAAAACUAGCGCUGGAAUGAUGCAAGGUGUUCAACCGAGAUAUGGAAAUGGCCCUCCCACUGUAAGAAGGAUGCCACAUCAACCCAUGCCACCGUCUG